GGGGGAGCUCUUGCUCUGCUCGUAUGAUUGUGGAGUAUCUCUUGGGUAAUGUCGAAAACAGACAGCAGCGUUACUUUACCUGUUUAAGGGAAUCCAACAUCUAGGUGUUUCCCAGGCGGUGUCUUCUGGGUGAAGUGGUCUUUCCCUGCUCAGUGCCUUGUAACACCAGGUGGGUAGGGCAUGGCUUAGCAGAAACGUCUCUAGAUACUAUCACAGCGAAGGCGUCACAAACUUGAUUCCUGUUGCCCUGCCAGUUGGCAUAGGAAGCUCCUGCCCAUCGGUCAUGCUAAUUCAGCUGCAUCUAAGAGUGUGUACCAAAUUGCAUUUGAUGACUAUUCCAUCUUUCAAGCUGCAUUUCAAACAAAGUUUCUGUGUCUGAGUUCUAUUUUAGAAUGGCAAAAAUGAAUAUGAAAAACAGAGAAAUGAAGGAAGAAAAAAGUAAAAAGCUAAAGCGACAUGUGGUCCGAGAGGGACAACUAGAACCUGAAACUGAAAGGAAGAAAAAGAAACAAAAUCUGGAGGUAACAGAUGAAGAGGAAGAUCUUACCCCAGAGGAAAGAAGGAAACUGGAAAGAAAAUUAAAAAAAGAGCGGAAGAAAAAAGAAAAAAAGCUGAUGAAAGAAGCCGGGAUCUCUACUAAAAAAGAGGAGCCCAAAAAGCUGUCGGGAUCUGAGCUGGCUCUGGCCUAUUUAACUAGCUGGUCUGAAAAACCAGAAGAAUGGAAAUUUCAAAAGACAAGACAAACCUGGCUUCUUUUGCACAUGUAUGACAAAGAGAAGGUUCCAGACGGAUAUUUCACCAUUUUACUGGAUUAUCUACAGGGACUUAAAGGCAGUGCACGAGAUGUAACUGUGCAGAAAGCCGAAGCUCUUAUGAAAGAAUUUGACAAUUCUGAUGCAGAAGAUCCAAGCCUGGUGGAGAAGUGUGAGCGCAUACGACAAGUUCUGCAACUGCUAUCCUGAAAGUGCUUGUGUGUCGUGAUGGUUGUCUCUGUUCCUGGUGGAGAGAAGGAUAGAAUGUCACGUACAGAUACUAUAAAUUAAUUAUAAAGACGUAUUUUCGUAAAGAGUCUUAAUACUAAAUUUUCAGGCUUUCUACUCAUAGUCUCAUAGUUUUCUUCUUAUUACAAUUAUUUAUCAUGUGUAAUGGUGAUGAAGUCAAAACAGAACAUCAUCUCCGGGCCGUAGACAUGCCAUUUUGAUUAAGGGCAAUCUUAUUAUGUAUCUUUCGAAAAAUAAACUGCUUUUCUUGUUAAGUUUUUCUGCACCUUUCCAUGUGGUUACUGUUAAAUGAGAGGAGCUUUGCAGUUCUGAAUAAGAAGACCAAAGCAACCAACAGAAAGCCUGGAGGUUCUUUAGGAAUGGCGGCUUUUGCAAUGAACAUACAGUACAGUGCUUGCUCAACCAGCUGUAAUCUAUCACUUUUCAGCUGUAGAGGCAUGUCAUUUGGAUUUGGGAAAGAUCAUUUUCAGUCUGUUGAGCAUGCGUUAUAUAACACAGUUGCGUAUUAGUACUUUAAGCGGUGAUCUGGAGAUACUGUCAGCUCUCUAAGUUUUCCUUUUAUAUUUUAAAGUUUUCAAAUGCUUCAUGGCAACUGUUUAGAUACUCAGAUAAUGUACAGAUGAGAAUAGAUAAGAUCUUUUGACCAUAUGUAUUGAAAUCAUCUGAUUGUACCUAAACUUACGCUAUGAUGAGAAGUGCUGUGCCGCAACAUUUUGUGUGUAGCCUGCCAAUAUUACGUUUUCAUCUUUCUCUUGUAAUUGUUGUCCAAAAGAGUUUAUUUAUGCUCAUUUUCUUUGAUGUGGGACAUUUGUCCCCUAUGAACAUGUUCAAAAUGAGGCUUUCACAUAAAGACCAAGGACAUUAAUUACUCCAAAGUUGGAUGAUUAGCUUAUUUAAUAACACUUGUGUUCAGAAAAUGUUCUUGACCUUAUUCUUUAGUGUUUCCGCAAACAUUGUUCAUACCUUAUUAAUAAGUAGUAUAUGAAAUGUGUUUUAUUUUAAAAGAGGGACUGUCCUUGGGAAUUACGGCUUUAAUUUGGAUGGGUGAUAGAGGGGGAGGGUCUGUGAUAUGCAGGCCGUAUUUUUCGAUAAGAAGCAUAUGAGUGGCUCUGACAGCUUUCACAGCCAUGAAUUACUACAAAUCUUUAAAAGUACAAAUGAUAUUACUAGUAACAACUUACGUGUUCUGACUUCUUUAAGAUGGUAUUUUCAGCCGAGAAGGGUGAGAGAUCCAGCAUGUCCUGAUCUAAAGCAGUAAUUGUAAUGAAGAUUAACACAACAGUGAGCAAAAUAUAACAGAAGUGGCCAGCCUGCGGCCAUGGAGUUGCCAAUGGUUCAUAAGCUGCUCAGGUGCUAUUCCCAUGCCAUGGGGAACAGUUGGUUGGGGCAGCAGAGCUCCCUCUCUCGGAGGGUGGAUACAGUGUUGAAACAGUGAUUUCAAAAGGAAUGGAAGAGGUGAUGGCACAGCUAUGAUAUAGGAGCAAAGACGACACGCAGGUAGGUGUGACAAAAGAUGAUGAAGAAUGUUGGGUGAGAUGGUGCUCUGAGUGGAGAGUCAACUGGAGAAAGUGAAGAGAACCAAUGUCAGAAAGGUAGGGAGCCUGGGUUAGAUAGAAAUGCAGACUUCCACAAAGUUUGAGUGCAUUCAGGUGGAGGACCACCUUAAUAUUGUAGUCACCAAUUUAAGUUAUGCUCUAGGAGUGUUUCUUCCCCCAUCUCCUUUACCUUCUCUUUUUCUACCACUAGUAAGGUUACUAGUUGGAAGGAUCUUUCUGAGACCCAAAGCUAUAUAAAUCUUAGCUGCCAGUACAAAAGCUGGAGAAAAGGGUCUGUAAUAUUAAGGAAGUGAUACUGACAUUGAAUGAACUAGUGAAAGAUGUUUGGGUCUUGUAUUUUAUGUCUGAGAAUAUGUAGCUGAGAAAAAUUACUAUCACUCCAAGCAGAAGCUAAUUCUUCUUUCUCUCCAGAUCAGGAAGAAGGAAUUUCUAAGGGAUGAAGUUUUCAGAGUGUCUUUUUGUGACUUUAUGAUUGCAUUUGAGGAGUCAUAGAAGACUUUGUGUCUUUUCUUAGAUAUCUUUGUGUUAUCUGUUAGGUGUUUGGAAACCACUACUUUUGAUUUGUCUGUCGUGCAAAAAUGUGGUUCUUAAAUUGUGUGCUUAAUAUGCGUUGUAGUUUGAAAACACAAAUACAUUGCAACCAUUUUUUAGAAAAGACUUGUAAUAAGGAUCGUAAAAGUGAGGUCCAGGUAGAAAACAUGUAACCUUUUAUAGUGUCAAGCUUUGCCUUUUCUGAACCUUAGUUCAUAUGCAAAUACUGAUAAAAACUGUAAGAGGAGUGGCUUUCUAGUUCAUUAAGUGAGUUCUAGAACAUUAAUAUUUCGUUUAACAUCAGUUAAUUUUAAAACAGCAUGUGGGGACUGCUAAUCUGGAGUCAGUGUGAACAAUAACUUUUGGAAGAGAACAAUUAGAGCCUCUAACAAGCGCAGUAAUAGCCCUCUCGGCAAGAUCUUGCUUUGCUCUCCCUCAGCUGCAGUUUCAACUUUCACUUCAGUGCUGCCAGUUACUGGUUGAAGGGAACAGUCGUCAACCUCUUCACCAACACGUCUUGCAGUCAUGGAAAAUUCGGAAGCUGAAAGUUAAGGUAAUUGUUACUUUGGUUGUGUUUGACAGAGAAAGCCAAGUGUGUCUUCUGUCACAUGUUUCUCCGUAUAUGGUACCGUCCAAAGGUCACUGGUGUCCAGAAACUGGGUAACAGGCUCGUAAACCUUCUACUUUAUAUUGUUACUGUAUAUCUCUUGGGUUUCAAAGCUCCAUGUGAAAUAGUGUAAGUAUUGUCUUAUACUUGGUGUAAUAACGUAAAGAGAAGGGGACAUUUAAUGGCAUUUCACUGUUUUACUUUUCUUGAAAAAUCUUUAUCUAGUUGGCAAAGAAAUCAUACUGAGAACACCCAUGAAACACAAAAAGAAGCACGUUUUAGGGAGGUAUGUAUUGUUAGGCCCAUUUUACAGAUGAGACUGUGAGGACCCAGACAGCUUACCCGACAUGAUGUGCAGAUGCAAUAGCAUAUCUGGCAAUCAAAUUCAGUCUCUUCUAUAUGCUAGUCACCCGGCUAGCUUCUGCUUCCUGCUCAGUUUGGCAUUAUAAUCUGGGAAUUUACAUUGCAUGAUGAAUAAAGAUAGCAAGAUUUCCUCCAUGAUUUAUUUUAAAUUCUUAAGUGUAUAAUUACAGUUAGUGAAUUCCUGUAGCUAAGCUAUGCAGGAAGAUGUAAUCUGUCACUUCAUUCACUGUGCUUUGUCAUUUGGUCACUUUUGAAAUCUAAUGGCAUUUGUAGCUUAGGCAAUCAUUUGGAUACAGAUAGGACAAAAUUGUGACUGUACCUCCAUUUAAAUCAGUCUGUUAUGUUAAUAAAAAUUGGAUCCAAGGCUAGAAGAAACUGUGUGUACAGACUGACAAAUUACAUCUUCAUCUGCCUACUCUAAUUGUCUUCUAGCUGGGUUAAUCUGUAUUGUGUAGCUCUGACUAGAAGAAUUCAUACCCUAAGAGAAUGCUGAAGUCAGGAUUUCUAGGCAAAAUAAAGAAGCAUUAAUUACCCAAAAUUGCUUAAAGCUGGAGCUGUGCCUCUAAUGGCAGUACUAAUUACUCAAAACCUGACAGUGUCAAAAGCUCCCCUUAAUUUGGCUGAUAUUUGCUCUGGAUUGUGUAUCUUCUUGGUUCUCUACUAUCUGCCUACAAUUUCAAUUUGUUAUCACCAUUGUCAAAUUACUGAGUAAAUGAAUUCUCUGUUUGUAUUUGGAAAGCAUAUAUUGUAGUUGUUGCAUGCGCAGUGUAUUAUUCCUUCUCCCCUCCCACUGGAGAGUAGCUCUGCUUCAUUUCUGUUAAUUUAAAAACAAGGUGACUCUUGGCACAUCUCCCAUCCUUUCAAUUAGCUUAG